CGGAAGUGGAGCUGCGCGCGCCCGGUUGGCUGUCGGGAGGGGCCGGCGAGGGAAGCCGGCAGCUGGCGAACCGCAGAGAGGCUCGUCGCCUGGGCGAGUGAGGAACUGUGAUCCUUGCGGGCCACCGUCCCGGAAGUGGACGGUAGAGGAAGAAAGCAGUGGGUUGGUGGGGAGGAAUGUUUCUCGAGAUUCUAGGUGAGGAGUCACAGAACUUUUGUGGCGUGUGUUGACAGGACGGACUCAGAGGUUUUAGUCACUUGACCAGAAGGAGCCAGCGUCUCUGCAGAGCCCGACCUGUUUGUGGUGAGGCAGAAGGUGGCCAGGUUGAGUGAGCCCCGGGUCUUCUGGUAGAAGUCCAUCUGAGAAGGCCAGUCCUUUUUCCGUAGAGACCUUAGGGAUCAGCUGAUGCUUUAGUGGCUUAAUGGCCCAGCGGGCAGUGUGGCUCAUAAGCCGCGAGCCGGGAACUCCAUUUUGUGGCACCGUCAGAUUCUCCAGACGGUAUCCAACUGUUGAAAAACGAGCCAAAGUCUUCAAUGGAGCAAGUUAUGUGCCUAUUCCUGAAGAUGGUCCCUUUCUUAAAGCACUACUCUUUGAACUUAGAUUAUUGGAUGAUGAUGAGGACUUCAUAGAGAGUCGUGAUAGCUGUUCACACAUCAAUAAAACAUCCGUCUAUGGGCUCCUCAUAGGAGGUGGAGAACUCUGGCCAGUUGUUGCUUUUCUGAAGAAUAACAUGAUAUAUGCUUGUGUUCCACUAGUUGAACAAACUUUAUCCCCUCAUCCACCGUUAAUUAGCAUUAGUGGAAUUUCACAAGGCUUUGAACUUCUUUUUGGAGUACAGGAUUUUCUUUCCUUGAGUCAAAAAAAUGACACUGAGCUAAAUACAAAAUUGAACCAAUUACCUGAUUUGCUUCUACAAGCUUGUCCAUUUGGAACUUUGUUGGAUGCCAAUUUACAGAAUUCAUUGGAUAGUAUUAAUUUUGCUUCUGUGACUCAUUCACAAAAACAGCCAGCCUGGAAAGUUGGAACAUACAAAGGAAAACCACAAGUUUCUAUUUCUAUCACCGAAAAGGUAAAAUCCAUGCAAUACGAUAAAAAGGAUAUAGCAGAUACAUGGCAGGUCGUUGGAACUGUCACUUGCAAGUGUGACUUAGAAGGAAUCAUGCCAAAUGUUACCAUCAGCUUGAGUCUCCCCACCAAUGGGUCUCCACUUCAGGAUAUUCUAGUUCAUCCUUGUGUGACUUCUCUUGACUCUGCCAUUCUGACUUCUAGUAGCAUUGAUGGAAUGGAUGAUUCUGCAUUUAGCGGACCUUACAAAUUUCCACUCACACCUCCCUUAGAGUCAUUUAACUUAUGCUACUAUACUUCCCAGGUCCCUGUUCCACCGAUUUUGGGUUUUUAUCAAAUGAAAGAGGAAGAAAUACAAGUAAAAAUAACAGUUAAUUUAAAACUUCAUGAAAGUGUGAAAAAUAAUUUUGAGUUCUGUGAAGCUCAUAUACCUUUUUAUAAUAGGGGUCCAAUCACACAUGUGGAAUACAAAGUGAGUUUUGGCCAGCUUGAAGUAUUUCGAGAGAAAAGCUCAUUGGUCUGGAUUAUUGGACAGAAGUUCCCCAAAUCAAUGGAAAUUCAUCUUUCUGGAACUGUAACUUUUGGAGCCAAGAGUCAUGAGAAGCAGUCAUUUGAUGAGAUUUGCAUUGGAGGUACAGCAUAUUUAAAGCUUCAUUUUAGGAUCUUAGAUUAUACACUCACUGGUUGUUAUGCGGAUCAGCAUUCAGUUCAAGUUUUUGCAUCAGGAAAACCAAAAAUAAGUACACACCGGAAACUAAUUUCUUCUGACUAUUACAUCUGGAAUUCUAAGGCUCCUGCUCCAGUAACAUAUGGAUCAUUAUUACUGUAAUUAUCUCAUAUUUAAAUAGGAUUUAUAUAAUGGUAACAUAGUUCAAAUCAUUUGUCUUUUAUUUUUAAUGUGUAUGCAUAUAAACUAUGAAUGAAAAAAAAUCAUUGAGUGAUUUAAUUAUAAAAAUGUUAUUGUUUAAUGUUUUUAGAUUGACAUAGUUUGAAAGAACAUUUUAAAGGCUAAUGUCUCCUAUUUUGUUACCCUUUGAUUUUAUUCAAAUAAGAUUCAGAGCAUAAAACAGUCAUGAUUCACUUUAGGCUUAUUUUAGACUAGUCCUGGGUCACUCUACCAUACAUGCUCUUUCCUGUCCCUGUGGCAGACAUGACCAAUCAGUCACAGGCUUCUUUCUCCACUGAGCCUUCCUGGAUACGGGCUCAGUCUCCUCAUUGCAAAGGUGCAGGCAGCCAUUCCCAAUGGAUUGUAGAUGGUGUGCAAGAUAAAAAAACUCUUUAACCUUUCAAACCUGAGUAGUAAGCUCCUAGUACAAUGUGUUGUUGCAGAAUACCAGAUACCACAUCAGAAACCACUGUCAGUCUCUUGGAAAAAAAACAAAAACAAAAAACAAAAAAACAGUCAAUGAAAACAAAGUAAUGUUGUUUAAUUAGUAACCUGUUCUUAAUCAGAACUAUCUUAUUGACUAAUAAAGAAUCUGCAUAAUUCUAUAUAAGGUGUUUGUUUAUCUGUUCUAGAGUUACUUUACUUUUCAGGUGAACUUACUAAUCUGCCACAACAACAUUUUGCUCAGGAUGUCAAUAAGCAUACUAAGAGGAGUGGGAUACCUUCAAAAAAUGAGCAUAGUGUUUUUGUGAUCACUUAAUGCGUGCAAAUUUUUAAAAAUAAGUUUAGGAAUAAUACUGUUUUUCAUGUUUAUUAUAUGAAAGUUCUUAAUGAAUUCAGGUAAAAAUUCAAAAGCUGUUCUGUGAGUAGAGAGUAUUAGUCUUAUUUCAAUCUCAUGUGGCAUAUUUUGUCACUCCUGCUUUCUUAUUAGCAUUCUCUUGAUUUCUUUAGGAACCACCUGUACUCUUUAUUCUCUACCUGUCUUUACAAUUAUAUGUCUCAUUCUAUUUUCAAAGCAGUUCAUUGUCAAGUUGGACUUAAAGUGACCAUUCAAGAAAACAUGAAAUCUCAAGAUCCUUAAAACUUAAUCCAUGUCAAGUUUCUUUUUACAGAAUAGCAUUAGAAGCAUUAUAAAAAAUAUGCAUUACAGAUUAAUAUUCAAUUAAAUUAUCUCUUGGUUUCUAUUUCUUAAUGAGUCUCCUAAGGAAGAGCUUAAAGAAAGCUUCUAACUCCUUGAAAGAGAGCGAUGAUAGUUUGAAGGGAUAUUGCAAAUAAAUUUAGGAUUUAAAAUAUGAUUUUUUAAAUUAGGGUCAAUCUCACUCAUUAUAAAUUCUCAUUUUCUCAAGGCAUUAUCAUGGCAGAAUGCUCCAUGUUCAAAAUUAUCCCAAGUAACAAAGAAAAUAGAAUAACUGCCUGACCAGGACUUUAACUUAUUAUUCUAGCUUAAUCAUAGAUAAUCAGUAGUAAAAACUUUUCUUUUGAAAGAAGGAAAAAGCCAUUUCCCUUAAGUUAUUUGAUCUCUCUUAAACUCAAGGGAAGCUUAACAUUUAACUUAUGUUAAUAUUAAUGGAGCCAUUUGGACAUCUUGAUUAUUGUAUAAAUGUUGGGUAGAGUACACUACGAUAGGCAAGAGGCAUUUAUCUAGUAAGUACACAGAUAUUCAGUAUAAUAAUCCCCUAGGGAAAACUUUCCUUACAAGCUAUCAGAAAAACCAGUGAAUCUUUGGUUUGACAUUUCUAGAAGCCUGAGGAAAAUGUAGGGAGUCCUGGAAAAGUAUAGGGCGAAGGGGAACCUGAUGCCAUCUGUUGCCAUUCCAUUCUAACAUAAUGCUACAGAACUAAAACCAACUCAUGUUUUCAUCCUGUUGAGAUCAGCUGGGCACACUGUGAUGCUUUUGAUUUUGUCUAGAAACCUGUCACUUCAGGAUAAUUUCUGAAGACAAAGUCUGUUUCCCGUUUGGUAGGUGACCUGUUUAAUGUUUUCCCUGUGUCUGGGAACUCCUUAGUGUAAUUAGCGACCUUUGAACUCCACAACUAAUCCUGAGCUAUUUUGUAUUCCUUACUCAUCUUUAAGGCUGGACCUUUCUUUUCUUCAGAGUCCGCUGCCACAAUUAAAGAAGAAACAGCUGCAUUUCAAAGGGAUUCCGAUUCCAGAAGCUUAAUCGUGAUUGACAUGUUCUUAUUCUAAGCUAUAAGACACUCUUAAGAGUCCUUUCUUGGGUUAAAACUUCAAUCAUUUUCUAAAAAAUUAUCUCACUAUGGAUUUUAUUCAUUUUCUUUGAUAACUAUUCUUUGCAUUUUUUAACUUGAAAGAUGCUUUGCGUUUGUGGUGAAUAUGAGCAUCUACUUCCAGUUAAAGAUUUGGAUGGUGUCAGACAUACUCUAGACGCAAAAUUGCUAAAUUCCCUUUUAGUGCCAAAAUAUGAUUAUGAAAUCUGAUGUCUGUCGUAAGGGUAAUUAUUCUUCAGUAGACCCCAAAGGUACAAAAAGUGUUAAAUUUCUGAAAACGGACUCAAAAAAAUAGUUCAUGAUUUUCAUAAAACCCUUCUUCAUUUUUUACUAAACAAUAUUUUUAAAACUUUAUAAAGCCAGCAGUACUCUUAGAGUAUAAGUUAAUACCUUUACACUGGUGGGCACUUUUUACUUUUCUUUUUUAGAUAAUCAGUGUGAACGUCAGGUUUGAAGUAAAUGGCCUUCUCAGGAAUUCUUAAGAGAAUUAUUUAUAUAAAAAGGCUUUUUUGAUUAAAGAAUAGUCUGUCUCAUAAACUAAUUUUUUCACACCAACUCAGUGUUUCUCAGUUAAAAUUAUUGUCGUUUUUAUACAUUGUGUGAUUUAAGAUCUUUCAAAGCACAAUUUUAUAUACAGUAACAACUAAUAUUUUCUUUCAUGUUGUAUUAUAGUAUUUCAGGCUGCUUUAUAGAUAUUCAUAUACCCCUGUACCACCCCUGAGAGGUAGGUAGGUCGAGUUAUCAUCCAGAGCCUCUGUGGGGACUGCUGCCAUAGCAGAACGGUCGUUUCUAAGACAAAGGUCAGAAAAGGGAUGUUAAUAAACAGUCCUCAGGUUUAAGGGACUUUUUUUAGGAUUACAUCUUAAAUUCCAACAAAUCAGAUUUAGGAGUUACUGAAAGUGAAAUUGAUCCAUCCCUCAUCCAAACUUUGCAAUACUUUCCUGUUCUGACAUCAUUUAGAUAGUUAGCUGUAUUAUCAGAUUAGAAACCAUUGUACCCAGCUGCUGAAAGGAAAAGGAGGCAAAAAGCUAAACAUGGGAUGAAUUCUGAACCUUUUAACCUGGCUGAAGUACGUUGGUCCCUGUUAUGCAAAUACCUUCAAUCCUCUGCUAAGUUCAGUGGAAAUAAUUUUCUUGAAUGACAGGUUUAUUCAGCAAGGAUUCAGUUGGUGAUUAAUCCCCCUUUGAUCUAGGGUAUUUCACUUAACUACCAGUUACCUCGUUCUGACAAAGUGCAACUGAGAUUAGGGAGAUCACUAGAACACUACCAGGGUGUGCGUUUAUUCUCUCUAACCUUUUAAAGCAAGGGCCAAGAAUGCAAUUUAUUUUCAGUAUUUGAAGAUGUAAAGUCCUGUCUGCUAAGUUAGAAAGUCAAUUGAAUACCAAAUGAAGUUUAUUUCUUACGUAAUAGAACAAACAUUUCUUUUUGCUUUGACUAACAAUGAUUUUAGGCAACAUAGGCUUUGAAGAAAGAAGAAACAAAGACUAUAUUCUAAGUAUAUCUUCUAGUUUUAUUUCAUGUACUAGAGUGUAUACUUAUUGGCCCUGCGAUAAACCCAAAAUCAAAGCAAUGGCUACAACUUAGGCUGAGAAAAUGCUUCUAUUUUUAUUAAACUGCAUGGUUUCUCCUCGCCCUCCCCCCCAUUAAAAAAAAAAUGUCAUGCUAUGUGGUAAAGAAAUCCAAUGGGGGAAACAUGUAAUACACAAUUAUUCAUCUUAAGACUUAGGGUUUCAAAGCUUUAUUUGUUAACUUUGUUCUUUCUUGAGGAAAAAAGGCUUGUUACAUUGCCAUCAUAAGAUAAUCAUGUUCUUUUUCAGAAUGAUGUUUUUUUCUAUGAAGGUAAAUGAUGCCAUUAUAAAAACAAUUCAGAUUAUUUUAAAUUAUUAAAAUAACUGCCUCCCACUGUA